UUGGCUGGCUGGGGACUCGGCCUCUGGGGACUGCGCAGCGGCCGCGCUGGCCCCUGUCCGGUCCUUCGGCCUUGCUCUCUGGGCUGCGAGCUCUCUAUGGUGCUGGCCACGACAUGUGGCGCCUGGCAGGGCUCCUGGGGCGAGUUCUUCCCCGCCUACUGGGACCUGGCUUCCGAGGAGUAACACCCAGGCCCACCAGUUCAGAUGGGCCUCAGACAACCUUCACUACCCCGCUACUUCCUAAACCCAGCCUUGACAGGUCAGGCUCCUAUGGACCAAGGAGGAACAGAGACCCAAAGUGCCGUAGAUGGAAAGAUGCCUUCCACUGGAUGUCUGCUCCUGUCUCCCCAAACACUCUUCGGGAUGCCGUCUCAUGGGGCACUCUGGCCGUGCUGGCCCUGCACCUGGCGAGGCAGAUCCACUUCCACGCACCCCUGGUAGCAGGACCUCAGCCAGCUGACUGCUGCUCUUGGCACAGUCCCCUGUACCGCUUCCUCUACUCUUCCUGGUGGCACCCACAGUCCUCACUUCGGAGGCACGUUCUUCCCAGGCCUGACCACCCGACUCCCACGUACACUGGCCUCAGGGAACCAAGGCUGGGCCAGAAGGAGCCCUCAGCUCAGCCCCCACCCUGUCCUUCUGACUGUUCCCUGAGAGCUGGCCUUCUGAACCUACCUGAAGAAGAGCUCAGUGACUUUGACUUCCUGCAUGCCAGUGGGGACUUCACAUCCCAGGCAAAGGCGACCAAGGCCUGCCCUCCUGGAGAAAAAAAUGAACAAGACAAGUCCAAGGCUCUUCCCCUAGAGGAGGCUGUGACUUCCAUCCAGGAACUCCUUCAGCUCAGUGUUGCCAUCGCUUUCAACUUCCUGGGGACAGAGAACAUGAAGACGGGGAACUACACAGCAGCCUUCUCUUACUUCCAGAAAGCUGCAGACCGUGGCUACAGCAAAGCGCAGUACAAUGUGGGCUUGUGUCUCGAGCAUGGCAGAGGCACCCCUAGGGACCUCAGCAAGGCUAUCCUCUCUUACCGCCUGGCCGCCACGCAGGGCCACAGCCUGGCUCAGUACCGCUAUGCCCGGUGCUUGUUGCAAAGUUCAGGCUCUUUGUCAGACCCUGAGGGGCAGAGGGCAGUGUCUAUGUUGAAGCAGGCUGCAGACUCUGGCUUGACCGAGGCCCAAGCGUUCCUUGGGGUGCUUUUCACCAAGGAGCCACACCUGGAUGAGCAGAGAGCCGUGAAAUACCUGUGGCUGGCAGCCAGCAAUGGGGACUCUCAGAGCAGAUUCCACUUGGGAAUAUGCUACGAGCGGGGCCUUGGCGUUCGGAGGAAUCUGGGCGAGGCUGUGAAGUGCUACCAGCAGUCAGCAGCUCUGGGGAACGAACCCGCCCAGGAGAGGCUUCGGACCCUCUUUAACGUGGAGGCGGCAGCCCCAGGGCCCAGCAACCUGGCCAUGACAGGACUGAAGUCUUUCUCCAGCCCCUCCCUCUGUAGCCUGAACACCCUGUUGGCAGGUGCCUCAGGCCUGCCUCAUGCCUCAAGCACUGGGAACCUCGGCCUCCUCUGCAGAGGGAGCCAUCUUGGAGCCAGCCAUGGAGCCCCCAGCAGGGCUAUACCAUCCUUGGAAAGGAGUCUCCUGAGACUGGGUUUCGGCUAAGACUUCCACCUGAAAGAUGGAGCCCAAGAGUUCUUAGAGAUAUCACAACUUGAAUCCCAAAGAAGAGGCCAUUUAGCUACUCACCUUCCUGGAACCUUCAGCUCCAUAAAGAAGCAUGUAAAGACCUAGGUUCUGGCUCUGCCACUGGCCUGGCUGUGCCACCUGGAAGCAGUGACCUGAUUUUCUAACAUUAUUUUCUCAAUUGUAGACCAAGGACAGUAGCGUGUACCUUCCUGCCUCAAAGGACUGAGGUACAGCCAUUUCACUGCAGAAAGGGCCUGAGUCCUUGCUUAGGUGCCCGAAGGUAGAGUGAUGCCCAUAGUUCUAUGGCCUUAAGAGUCACCAGGGUCUGGGUGGUGGUGACGCACACCUUUAAUCCCAACACUUGGGAGGCAGAGCCAGGUGGAUCUCUGUGAGUUCAAGGCCUGGUCUACAGAGUGAGUUCCAGAACAGGCACCAAAACUACACAGAGAAACCCUGUCUCGAAAAACAAAACAAAACAAAGAAACAAAAAGAGUCACCAGGCUCCCAGGCGUGAUUUGAGUGCCUUUAAUCUCAGCACUUAAGAGGCAGUGGCAGAGGGAUGUCUGUGAGUUCAAAGCCAGCCUGGUCUAUAAAGUGAGUUCCAGUACAGCCAAGGCUACAUAGAGAAACCCUGUCUCAAAAAGCAAAAAACAAAAACGAAACAAGAAAAAAAAAAAGAGAGAGAGAGAGAGACCUGGAUGAAGAUCGAAGCUGACAUCAUGACUCCAGCCCAGGCUUCCGGUCUCCCAGUUCCCACUGUGGUGGUGUUUGGAAACAUCAUCAUCACCCUGCAGGUGUGGGGGUGUCAAUAGAGAUUAGGACCUGGAGUCUUGGAGUCAGAGAGUCGAGACUGUGAGUCCUUUUUGGGAAAGGUCAGGUAGGAAUAUACAAGUGUUUAAUAAAACAGAUGGUGGAUUAUCUCCUCA